GGCCGAUGUUAGAAAUCAGGUGAUAUUUGCUGUUCGUCAAGAAUAUGUCGAGCUUGGAGACCAGCUCCUCUUGCUUCAACCAGGAGACGAAAUUGCCAUUAUUCCCCCCAUCAGUGGAGGAUAGUGCUUUUGAGCCAUCUAGGAAAGAUGUGGAUGAAGUUAAGGAGAAAUCUAAAGAUAUAAUAAAAUUCACUGAGGAGAAACUUUCAGUAGACGAAGUCUCAAAGUUGGUGAUUUCCCCACUCUGUGGUGCGGUAUCCGUGUUUGUAGGAACUACAAGAAAUAACUUUGAAGGGAAAAAAGUCAUCAGCUUAGAAUAUGAAGCGUAUCUACCUAUGGCGGAAAAUGAAGUCAGAAAGAUUUUUAGUGAAAUUAGGCAAAAAUGGCCAAUCAAACACAUAGCAGUAUUCCAUAGACUUGGCUUGGUCCCAGUGUCAGAAGCAAGCAUCAUCAUUGCUGUGUCCUCAGCCCACAGGGCUGCAUCCCUGGCUGCUGUGAAUUAUGCCAUUGAUUAUUUAAAAGCCAAGGUGCCCAUAUGGAAAAAGGCAAGAAAGAAUGGAUGUUAAGCUGACCGAAAGUGGAUGAGGUGGAGCCCAACGAGAUAAGGGAAAUGUAUGAAGAGUCAUCAUCAUCUUGGAAAAGAAACAAAGAGUGCUUUUGGGCAUCCAACGAUUAACCACAUAUUUUUAGAGUGCUCAGUCUUCAAUGUGGUGAACUUUCAUCAUUGAUCACUGAUGAUCGAUGAUCAUUUUUAUUUUUGUUCUGCACAAAUCAAGCUAAUUUACUGAAGUCUCUUUAAUAAAUGUUCAUAUGUAUCUCUUAUGUA